CAUCAUGCUAACAAGUGUCACUCAAACCGGGUUAUGAGCAAAGGAUCCGGGGAGGGGAAGGGAGCAAUUAAAAGACAGAAAAAUAUGAAUAAUUUGCGGCCGUUCUAAUCAAUACCCUCGAGAACCAUUCACUCUAUAAAAUGGCACUCUUGACAAAAAGCGUGGUCAUUUUGCUAGGGGUUGUUGCCCACCAAGUAGUGUGUUCUAUAGACACAUGCGCAUCAUUAGUAACCUCUAUCUCAAUCCCGAAUACCACGAUCAUCGCUCACAACUAUCUUCCCAAUGGAACCAAUAUCGCCCUUCCCGGAACUGUAGAAUCAUGUGGUGGACCCGAUCUAACGGUCAACUCUACGGCCGAUCUCUGUCGACUUGUGCUUGUCGUCUCUACAACUGCAUCGAGUGAGGUUCAAUUAGAAGCCUGGCUUCCUGACCCUGAGAUUUGGAAUGGGCGAUUGCUGGCGACUGGAAAUGGCGGGAUUGGAGGGUGCAUUGACUAUGCCACGAUGCAAAACGGGGCUGGCUUAGGUUUCGCGGCUUUCGGGACCAAUGCUGGGCAUAAUGGUUCGGUCGGAUACGAGUUCUUCCUCAAUCAGCCGGAAGUUAUCAACAAUUUCGGUCAUCGAGCGAUUCAUGUUGAAGCGGAGGUUGGUAAGGAACUGGUGCGGCAGUACUAUGGGACAGAAGCGACGAAGAAUUACUAUGCGGGCUGCAGCACAGGAGGACGCCAGGGAUUUCAGAACGCAAAUCUAUAUCCGGAAGACUUCGAUGGGCUACUCCUUGGAAGCCCGGGUAUAAAUUGGCUUCAUAUCGUGGCGUCGAAAGGGAUACUGGCUCGACGGAUCGGAUGGCCAUUUCUAAAUUCAUCAGCAUAUGUCCGUCCGGAGCAAUGGUCAGCCAUUGUCGAAGCGCAAAUCCGACAGCUGGAUCCAUUGGACGGGGUGGUGGACGGGAUAAUCGACGAGCCGACGAAGCAUCGCUUUGACCCUAUGAGUCUGGCUUGUGGCGCCGGUGUGCUUAACGGCUCGAUGUGCCUUAGCCCGCAACAGAUUGAAUCGGUACGCAAAGCGUAUGAACCAAUUGCGAGCACCUCGGGUCAAAUUGUGUACCCGGCCUUUGAACUCGGAUCUAAGACCGACGUAUUCUCUGAGAAUCAAAAGAAUGGAACGGCGCAGUUAAGUUAUACCAUCCUACAGGAUUUCUGGCGCGGAGCAAUCUAUAACGAUAGUAAUUGGACGCCGAACAGUUUUAGUGAAUCGGAUAUGGACUUUGCCUUGGAAACCAACCCUGGGCAAGUAAACGCGGACGAUACAGACCUAUCAAGCUUCCACCGUAGGGGAGGCAAGAUCAUCUCGUAUCACGGAAGAAACGAUGAAACCGUGACAUCUGCGCUGUCUGAACAAUUCUUUGUUGGAGUUCAAAGUGCCCUUAACCUAACACUAGAAGAGAUUCACGAUUUCUACCGACUGUUCUUCCUUCCGGGUAUGCAUCAUUGCUCAGGGGGUCUGGGAGCAUGGAGCAUAGGGAAUGCUCAAAAAUACCCAUACGAUAAGAAGUUACUGGACCCUGACCAUAAUGCCCUUCUUGCGCUUGUUGAAUGGGUUGAAAAUGGUGCCGCGCCGAAGACGUUGAUUGGGACGAAGUAUGAAAACGAUUCGAUGGGAGGCAGCAUAAUCGCACAGAGAACAUAUUGCCCCUAUCCGAUAGUCAGCAAAUGGAACAAGGUUAAUGACACGAGCCUCGCGACAAGUUGGGAUUGUGUCCUUCCAGAGGGAUGAAAAGUAAAUAGAGGAUGUAAUUGAAAUUUAGUUGCUUAGGCGGAUUAAAUAGCCCCUAAAAAUUAAAAUACUGAGUAAAUUUAGGGCAUGAGUUCAGCCCCUGAAUCGUACAAAACCCCUCAAUUCCAUCCACCAACAUUAAAAAAACGGGGUUCAUGAUUGAUAUCUAAUUUUCUCUAGGCGAUUAUAAAGGGUGUUUUAUAGAGGAUAGCCAAAAAGUAGAAGGCGCAAUAGAGUAUGCCCUCACACCGGAUUGAACGAUGGACCUCAGCAUGAACUUGUAAUAUAAGAAUACGAGUGCUGCGCUCUACCACUGAGCUAUAAGGGCUUCAUAUGGUUAU